AUGCAAAAUAAAGAUCAUCAUACCAAAGGAAAUGAAGCCAUUAAACAAAACAAUUAUCUUAAAGCUUGGAAAGAAUAUACACGUGCUUUAAUAAAAGAUUCACGAAAUCCAAUCUUGUGGUGUAACCGUUCUUUAGCAUGUUUAAAAGGCGGUUGGCCCGAACUUGCUCUCGUGGAUACAGUAAAAGCUGAAGAAUUAUGCAUAUCUGAUAUUAAUAAAUUGAAUAGUGAUGUUGAAUUACAAAAAUUAUUAUUCAAGUCACGUUAUCGUUAUGCUGAAGCUAUGGCAGCAUUAGGGAUUCCGAUCUUGGCUGGAAGAGCGUAUCAUUUAUUGUUGAAAGAAUUUCAAUUUUAUUCCAUUGUUUCUAAUUCUGAUCGAAAAUUAUGCAAUAUUAAAGGUGACAUUUAUCUUCAAUUGGCAAAUGUUCAAAGGACUGUACUCAGAGAACAAGCUAAUGAAGAUAAAAUUAUAAUCACUAACGAAGGAAGUGGUUGGUAUAAAUUUAAAGGAAAUUAUCCUUGGGAUUGUCGGUUAUAUAAUCGAUUAUCAAAAGAAUCCCUGGAAAAAAUGCAAAAAAAUCUUAAUUUUGCAAGUCAGAAUAAAUUAGAAAUCAAGGAGGUUUCAUUUUAUGAAGAAGAUAAUAAUCAAAUUAACAAUAAUAAACUCAAAGAAUUAGGGAUUGUAACCAAACGGGAUAUCUCUGAUGGGGAAAUUCUCUUAGAAGAAGAUCCAUUUAUUACAGUUCAUGAUUAUAGUCAAUUUAGAUGCGAUUUUUGUUUUCACAAACUCACCGAAUCUUCCAAUGAUUCAAAAUAUCCUGUUAAAUAUCCUUGUCUUAAUUCAGAAUGCAAAGAAUUCUUUUGCGACAGUAAAUGUUACAAUUCUGCAAUGAAUUUAUAUCAUCAACAACUUUGCGGUAAAAAUAUUGACAAUCUAAUUAAGUAUGUACAGAAUGAUUUGGAUGGAAUUAAUUUACUUGUCUUAUUUGCAUUGAAAUUAUUUGCCAUAGCAAAGAAUAGAAAUAUUUGUCCUUUAGACAUUGAUGAGAUCAAACAUCUUAGUCGAAAUUCAACUCAUCCAAGAAUUUACAAUGAUCACAAUAUUUUUGGUUCUGAUAUAGAAUUCGCUUAUACAGAAAUCUUAAAAGUAUUGAAUAUUUCCUUAUUUGACUUAAGAUAUGAUUUUUGGGUUUUUAUCACGAUUUUGGCACUCGUUGAACCUAAUGCAUUUGAAGGACCUCCAAAACAUGAUGAUACAGAAAUAUCACCAGAAACUGCAGCAUUGUUCUCUCUUUCCUCAAUGUUCAAUCAUAAUUGUGAUCCAAAUACUAUUCAUUUUGAAGCAUUAUCUGAAAGUUAUAUUUUUGAUGAUCAACACACAAUGAAAUUAUGGAGGAUGGUUUAUAAAGAAAAAGGAACACAUUCUUUUCGUAUGUUUAUUAUUAGCAACAAGGCAAUAAAGAAAGGUGAAGAAAUAUUUUUUUCCUACAUUGACGAAAAUCAAUCCAAAUUUCGACGUCAGGGUAAUCUUUUGGUUACUUUUAAGUUUGAGUGUAAUUGUAAUAGAUGUAAAGCGGAAAAUGGAAGAUAUGUGCAAAAACCAGUUGCAUGGAACUUGUAUUAUUUAGAAAAUGAAACAAAAUUGGUUGGGAAUAAUAUUGAUAUUAGUGAAAAUGAAAUUUAA